CUACCGGCAGGUGUGCGCGGCGGACGGUCCCGGCAGGAAGCGGAGGAGCGCCCGCCGGAAGUGGCAGGUUUUCCCCGGGAGGAACAGAUUCUACUGUGACGGCAGACUCAUGAUGGCGAGACAGACGGGGGUGUUUUACCUGACCCUGCUCCUCAUCCUGCUCACCUGCGGCCUCUUCUUCACGUUUGACUGUCCAUUCCUGGCGUCUAACCUGACCCCGGCCAUCCCGGCCGUUGGGGGCAUUCUUUUCUUCUUCGUGGUUGGAAUGCUGUUCAGGGCAAGUUUCAGUGACCCCGGUGUUCUCCCCCGCGCCACGCCGGACGAAGCGGCAGACCUGGAAAGACAGAUUGACGUGGCUAACUGCCCCGGUGGGGCUAAACCUCCGCCCCGGACCAGGGAGGUGCUGAUCAACGGCCAGACUGUCAAACUAAAAUACUGCUUCACCUGCAAGAUCUUCAGACCACCGCGUACGUCGCACUGCAGCCUCUGUGACAACUGUGUCGAGCGGUUCGACCAUCACUGUCCGUGGGUGGGGAACUGUGUCGGACGGAGGAACUACCGCUUCUUCUACCUCUUCAUUCUGUCGCUCUCCCUCCUCAUCAUCUUCAUCUUCGCCUUCGUCAUCACACAUGUCAUCCUCAGAUCCAACCAGACGAGCUUCCUCAGCGCACUGAAAGACAACCCAGCAAGCGUGUUGGAGGUGGUGGUCUGUUUCUUCUCCAUCUGGUCCAUUGUGGGACUGUCUGGUUUUCACACCUACCUGAUCAGCUCCAACCAAACCACUAAUGAAGACAUUAAAGGUUCCUGGUCAACCAAGAGAGGGAAGGAUAACUACAACCCCUACAGUUAUGGAAACAUCCUGACAAACUGCUGUGCUGCACUGUGUGGACCCUUACCACCCAGUCUGAUUGACAGAAGAGGUCUCAUCCAGUGUGACACCCCACAGACCGUGUUGCAGUGUAACGGAUCCACUUCAUACACACCAACACAGCUGCACACACGCAUGUGUGAUCAGGACCAGUGUAUUCAGAGCACCAAAUUCGUUUUGCAGGCGGCUGCCACUCCUCUGCUCCACAGUGACCCCGUGGUUUUAGCUCCGCUGCCCGGGAAGGGCUCUCUGGGCGGCCCCUGCGCCUACCUGGCCCCCGGCCAGCCCUCCCCCCUCCCCAGCCUCACCUGUGGUGGUGACGCACUCACGCUGAGGGACUCCGAGGGGCGUUGUCAGCACCACCACUUCAGCCCACAGGAGACCCCGCCCCCUCCGCUGCCACCGGGGGCCCUGCCAUGCCCUGCCCACAUGCACCCCCCACACUUCCUUCCUCCUCCGCUGUAUGAUCCCGCCAGUCAGGACUCCCUGCACGAGGACUCGGUACGAGGUCUAGUCAAACUCAGCUCCGUUUGACCUCCGGUUGACCCCUGCUCAAGAAAGGACAAUUCUGUGAUUUUACAACAACCUGGGUCUUAUUGUCAUAGUUUUUUCCACCAUGCAUUUCAGUUAUGAUGUGAUUUUACUCACCAGCUUCAUUUAGUAGAUUUUGGACAUAGGACCGUCACUAGACUCAGCUUUGCAACGGUGUCUUAUGGGACAACUGAACAGGAGGGUCAGACAUGUUUCAACAAGUCCAAUUUAAGCCAAUUAUCUAAACCACGUAUGUGGAAGUGCAAGUUAAAAGUCAUUAUGUGAGAUGUCCAAUGUGAUCAAUGGUGGAUGACAUGGCUGAUCCACUUAACUGGGAUUACAUCAAGGAUCGGCUCCGAGCCCUUUCUUGUUUGCAAUGGUGAUUGACAGGUUGACGGACGAGAUCAGGCAGGAGUCUCCGUGGACUAUUAUGUUUGCGGAUGACAUUGUGAUCUGUAGUGAGAGUAGGGUGCAGGUGGGGGAGAGCCUGGAGAGGUGGAGGUAUGCACUGGAAAGAAGAGGAAUGAAAGUCAG